AUGGAACACCCCAGAACUCAUUCGGCUACUGCAACUGCAAACACCCCUUCAAGUACAAGAAACUCUUCAACAUCAUCAAAUCAACAGUCGGGACAAGUGCCGACGGGACCUGGAACUAGUGGGAAUGAAGUAACUUCUGAUACAGCUACCGUAGUGGCUGCAGCUGCAGCUGUUAUGAGUGUAUCAAAUGAUAACGAAGAAGUAGAAGAAGAUGAAGAAGAAGAACAAACAUCGUUAUCAAAAAUAAAUGAUCCUCAACAACAGUUACAUCAGACUCAUAAUCAUACUCAUACUCAUAAAAAUGAGGUAGUAGAUCCAAUGGAGGCCCCACUAUCUGGUGUAGGAACUCCAGGUUCUUGUUCAGAGGGACUUACUUUGGCAGAUACGGCUACAACAACAACAACAACUACUACUACUACUUCGACUUCUGAUAAUAAUAAUACCAAUACGAUAACUACUAUUAAUAAUAGUAAUCUAUUUAAACAAUUUGAUUCAAAGACAGGCCAAUUUAUGCGUACGUCAGAAUUAGAAGAUAAUAACAAUGAUAUAUUGUUGUCACAACAAAGAGAGAAAAGUAAAGAAGCUGUACCACCAACGGAAAAUACCUCAACACAACAACAACAACCCAUACCCAUGAUAAAGACUGCACAACAACAACAGGUAAAACAGAAACAGAUUCAACCUUCGUUCCAUUUAUUAUCAUCCUUCAAAUCGAGAUCAAACUCAGUGCCGACAAUCCUACAUUCUUCUUUGAAGAGACUUUCUAAUCAUGGCCAUUAUUAUGGGAACAACCCAAAUCAUCACAACAACAACAAUAAUAUGAAUGGUACUCAAAACAUAACUACUGGUGGCAAUAUGAUGAUAGGUAAUAAUGGAGGAAACAAUCAAACAAUCAUGACUCACCCAAUGAAUCCUUACGGAAUUAUGAAGAAAAAAUCAGUUAGAACACAUCAUCCACAUAUUUUACAAUCACAAGGCCUUGGAAGCUCGUCGUCCGGAAUGUCAUCUUCAUCUACAAACGCAUUGAGUAACACAACGUUGAGACAAGCUAUAUUAUUAACGCAGGAGGCUUUGAAUAGUUCAACAAACAGUUCAAAAACACAGAAUAAAACUUUCACUCAAGAUAAAUACACAAAUAUGAAUAUUCAGAAUGAUAAUAAUUACAACAACAAUACAAACAAUCUGGAUUCAUUGGUGACGUUUGAAGAUAGAGUCAAUUAUGUCAAAGCUACAAAAUUGCCUAUUCCAUUACCACCUAUCAACUUGCAAUGUCUUAAGGAAAUCGAUCUUCAGGAGAUUGUGAAAAAUCCGCAACUGAGACAUGAUAUAAUUUUUGACCCCCUAUUGCAAUUUAGACCAAACCUUGAUGGAGAACGUGGUAUUAAAAAGAAACAUUUGUCAGAUAUAUACUGGAAAGAUGUUGAAAACGAGUUAAUUGUUUAUUCUAAGAGGCCCGAUGUUUUCAGAUACGACCAUACAAGACUAGUUCCAUUAUUUGAUACUUUGAGAGAAGUGUUGUUAACAAUCGUCCCUCAAAAAGAGACUCACCAAAUCAAUAAUAUCUUAGAUACAGAAUUGAACGUCCAAGAACUGAUAAAGGGAUCAUUAGUGAUGUCUAAUCUAUCGGAAUGGUUAGCUACUCUUUUUAAACAUCAUUGUGCACCAAUGAGAGAUGCAUACGUGGAUAAAAUGAGUAAUAAAUUUAAAGAAGCAGAUAUGGAGGCAUCUUUAUCGAAAUUUAUGGAAGGACUUAAAUUAGUUUUCCAAAUUUUGGAGGCUAUGAAAUUAGAUAUUGCUAACCAUCAGAUUCGUCUACUAAGACCCGCACUAUUAAGCAAUGCAAUUGAUUUCGAAAAACAAUACUUUAAUUCUUUAGUGACUGCAAGAAGUGUGCUCUUAAAAUCAUCAUUAACUUGGUUCAGAAAUAAAAUGACCGAAUAUGUCAAUUCAGGAGAGCUUAUAGUACAGGAUAAAAAUAAUUUAAGCAUACAAGAAGUCUACAAAGGUUGUAUCAGGAGUAUUAUUAGUCUAUUAUCAUGUCGUAAGAUGGUUAGAGAAUUUCCGACAUCACUUUCGUUUGACCAUGCCAGGUUGAUCCUAUUGAGGGCAGACAUCCGUCAACUAGUGUGUCUAUUAGUAUGUCGUCUAUUAUUUCAACAGUUAGUAGCCAAUGACAAUACCAUGGACAAAGCUACCAAGGUGUUUAUAAAUAGCACAUACACGAAUAAGAAAAUGAAGGAAGAAGUAAUUAGCAUAAUUACUGAUGAUCAUGGCAAUUGUAGAUGGACUAAAAAUACAUUAUCCAUUGCCGUACAUCUAUGUAAAGUGAUCGAGGAAAAGAAACAAGAAUAUUUGACCAAACCGAAGUCUACUACCCAAACAGAAAAUACUGAUGAAGACGUCACAAUGGCUGAUACUGAAGAUGACACUACAAAUACAUCGACUGGUAGUGUAUUACCUAUUUCAUUAGACAAUGAAAAGAUUAGGUUUGCAAAGGCAUGGUUAUCGAAACAGACCCAACCAUUAAGUGAAGUGUAUGGUGUUCUAGAGAAUAGGGUCUUUAAGUCUCUCGAAGAAGGUAUUUACAGUAGAUCCAACUGUACUGUUGAAGGGAGGGUGAAGCAAGAUUUCGUAUACCUUUACAACAGCACUUCAAAUGGUACUGGUAAUAGUACACCAGGAACAAGUAACGAGGAAAAUACUGCCACAUCUACAACAAUCUCAUUUAAAAACCAAGACAAUUCUUCUAGUAAUGCUAACGAAAACACACCACGCCAGGAAGGUAGAGGGUUGUUUGCCUUUACUGAUUCUGAAGAAUUCGAGAACAUUUAUCGUCAUUUAUACACAGUCAUCAACUUACAUUGGUCUGUUUUUGGUCAACAUUACUGUGACACCCUGAGCGACAGAAUGACUACCGCAGCAUAA